CGGUGACUCACGGUGACUCACGCGCAAAGUCACUCGGCGCUCUUCCCGCUUUUCCCCUCCUUCCUUUUUUCCUGUUUUGGCACACAUAUUCACUCAUACAGCGCUUUCCUCCUCAGACAAUGGCGGGACCACCUCAACUCCCACUCCUCUCAGCCCUCGCAUCCUGUUCCUGGCCGUCCACUCCCGAUGAGCUCGCAAGCCUCCAAUCCAACAUCCACAUCCACCUGGCCACCCUUCUCACCCCAACCAACCCACCUGUCUCCCCACACUAUCUUCAAACCUCACCUUCCACGCUUUUCAGAUCACCCCCUGAAGCAUCACCGUCCCCACCCACCCUCCACCUCUCCUUCCACCCACCGAAUAUCACGACGUCAACAACAUGGACGCGGCUGCGCAUCGUGUCCACUGCAAAGAAUACGGAGGUGUAUCACGCUGACGAAUAUUGUGGGACGGCGGAGGUCGUUGACGCGGUGGAUGUAAACGUGGGUGGGGAGGAGUGGAUGGCGUAUAUUCAUGAAUUGAUAGUGGAUGGGUCGAGGGGGUGUGUGGAGGGGUGUGAUAUAAAGGUAGUAUUGUGCAGGGUGUCUGGCCGCGAGCGAAGUGAGCGAUUGUGUUGUACUGCCGUGAGCGAAGCGAGGGCGAGCGGAGCGAGCCACAUUGCGCCAAAGGGGCAAUACUCCCCUCACCAGACAUUUCUGAGGGAUCGUGGCAAAAGCGGAUCUCUGAUCAUCGUAAUGUUUGGUUCUAGUUCUUACUCCCAAAAGAGCAGAAGACGUGGUUACGACUAUGGAGCAUCGACAUGGCCUGUGAGCACGAUCCCGGAUUGCAUGAACCGUCAUCCAUGACCGCAAUGGCGGGUUUACUCGAUGCUGGAAUGCAGAACACCUCCCUAAACCUCCCCCGCGUCCGCACCCUCCUCCACUCCCUUGACGUCCCCAUAUCCCCAUCCGCCAUGCAUCUUCUAACCCAAGUCGAACAACAACAACAACAACAACAACAACAGUCGAGUAUACUCCCCGGAUUGAUGAACUUGAAUCUCACACCGCAGAUACUGGGGAAUAUGAUGCAGGACCGACGGGAGAAUGCGGGGGUGUGGGGGUUGAUGGCACAGUUGGGUGGGAUGAGGGUUGGUGGUGCUACAC